AUUUGGAUCAAUUUGUACAUUUUAUGAAAUUAGAGAAAUGCCUGGCUCCACUACAUUGCUUUCUGAAGCUGCAGAUGCAGUCUUGCUCAGUUUUAAGCAGCAUUCGUCACAAAAGCAAGAUGUAGGGGCAGUAGAAGCUCUACAAGAGUUUUGGCAAAUGAAGAAAUCUCGUGGGUUGUCAUUUUCCCGUUCUGCAGAAGUAGAAUAUGAGUUUGUACCAUCACCAGACCACGUAUAUGUUGCUUAUGUCACUCUUCCAGGGGGAAGCUGUUUUGGGAACUUUGAAACCUGCACUACUAAAGAGCAAGCCAAGCAAAACGCUGCCAAACUUGCGCUAAUGAACUCGGUGUUAAGUGAGCAUCCAAAUAACAAAGUAACGGCUGAAUCCUCCAAAAAAAUGUUGGCUGAAGCUACUAAGCCGUUUCAAUCGAAACUGGGCAUAGGACACAACAAGGCUUUAAAAACCUUUUCAGAAAUCCUACAUUCCCACUCUGGCGAUAGCGUCUUGCAGUUUCAAGAAGCUAUGACUGUGUUUCAGCUUCUGCAUUGGAAUGGAAGCUUAAAAGCAAUGCGGGAAAGAAACUGCACAAGAGAAGAAGUCAUCCAACAUUACAGUAACAGAACUAUUGACUCUGACCUGCGAGAUCAAAUGUCUUUAGACUGGGUCGCUCGAGACGAAAGAACUCCAGGAAUUAUUUUGCAAGAAUUGAAACUAGCAGAGUCCGAGUUAGACACUGCUAGAAAUUCUGGUAAAGAGCUGAGAUUUUUCAAAGAAAAACUUGAAGUACUGAGUUUGGCGCAAACUCAGACUAGAGAGAGAGAAAUUGCGUUUGAUCCAUAAACUUGUUAUAUAUAUAUAUAUAUAUAUAUAUAUAUAGAUUUCUUUUCUGUUACUUCUGCUACCAGGCAGAAAUAAUCUUACAGGGGCUCAUCUGGUAUAAAAAACGUAUUGUAUUUCGGACGUUUCGUCUGCCAUCCAGCAAGACCCUUUUCUUGAUUAAACUUCCGAAAAUGCACUACAGUUUUCAUACCAGAUGAGCUGUUGAAAGAUUAUUUAGUAUUUACAUUUAUAUUCGUUACAACUUACAACAACUGUUGUUGUGUAGUAAAUUACUAAAUAUGAAUAUUUUAUAAACAUUUUUCUUAAUUGGCCAUCCAAAACUAUUAUUACAGAAACUCGAUCAUCUAAACUUGGUUUUGUCUGUUGUUGUGUAAAAGGACUUGUUAAAAUUUUGUUUUUUAUUCUGCAUAUUGUAAUAUAGCUCUGUGCUUGCCCGCUGUUGCGUACUAAGAUAAGUUUUGCUUUUAGUUUAAUGUGUAAUAGCACUGCCGUAUCAGUAUUAUCUUAAUUGUGAGUUUAGAGUGCCAUAAAAUAUUUUGUUUUCACUAUAGAUAAGCAUGCAUACUAUAUAUAAAACUUCACUGUGUAAGUUCAUCACAAUUUUACUUUGGCAUUAUGAGCUUUAGAGUUUAGAUUGUAUAUAAACUGUUGUUAUAAUUAUUGUAUGACCAGGACUAGAUUUUUAACCCAGCAGAAAACCUUUUUGAAAUCUCAUUAACUAUUUAUGCUUACCAACAAAAUUGUUCUGGUACUUGCAAAACAAUUUAAACUAAUGAUGAAAUCAAUCCAAUUGACUUGUUAUCUGAAAUAAAUUAGUUUUUGAAGGUUUUCUCUUUAAAAUCUAGUCCUGGGGUAUUUUUUUAUUCAUUUAGUCUGUGUUUACAGUUUGUUUUUUUUAGCAGCAUUUUUAAUUUCUCUGUUUUCUUUUUAUGGUGUCUAAAACUAAAAUCUUUUUCUGGUGACUAAAAUCUAAACUGUGGUGUAUAUAAAGCUUAACACAUGUUUCCUAUUGUAUAUUGUUUCUGCUGUAAAAAUAAUAGCACUAAAUAUUGGUGUGUAGCAUUGUACUUAUAUUAGCCAUAUAUUAUGUCCUUAGUAUUUUAUUUCUUUCAUACUAUUUAAUGAAUAGUAGAAACCUAUAUAAUUAUUCUAUAAUAUUAAGCGACCUAUUACACUUUGUCACACUUUAAAAAUAAAUAAAAUUUUCUUUUAG